AUGAAGCGCUCGAAGGACAACUCAGAUGUCUCCUCGCUGUCAGAUGACGACGACUACGUGCCAUAUGUACCACUUAAGGAAAGGAAAAAGCAAAAGCUUUACGCUGUACGCCAGGCAUUAGGAAAUAUAGCCUAUUCAGAAUCAACAGAGUCUGAUCAUGAAGAUGUCGUCGCAGCGGCUAAUGACACGGCACCCAAAAAAGUUCCUGAUGCCACCUCAACCCCUCCACCUGGCCAGCCAAAUGGUGAAGAUGGGCGGCAGGAGACGGCCGGUCCAAAAGCCAAGGGUAGUCUUUUCGACACCAUGUGGGAACUCAAGAAGCAGGCUGAAGAGAAGCGUGAAACGGAACGCGAUAAGAAGCUGAAAGAGGAGGCUCUUAUCCUUAACAGUGUCACCGAGAAGACAGCCUUGAAGGGUGUUGGCGAGAUCGCCUUGGGCAUCCACUACGAGAAACCGAUUGAAACCGGAUGGCGUCCCGCUCCUUGGAUUACAAAUCAAUCAGAGGAGAAAUCAAAUAAAAUCAGAAGUCGCUAUCGCAUUCUGGUUGAUGGCGAAGCAAUCCCCCCACCGAUCCGCUCCUUCCCUGAAAUGUGCCUUCCUCGGGUGCUGGUCGAGGAGCUGCGUUCACGUGGCAUCGUGAAGCCUACUCCGAUCCAAAUGCAGGGCCUUCCAGCUGUCUUGUCAGGUCGUGACAUGAUUGGAAUCGCGUUUACUGGGUCUGGCAAAACAAUGGUCUUUGCUCUGCCCAUUCUCAUAUUCUCCAUCGACCAGGAAUCGAAGAUCCCAUUCAUUCCAAGCGAGGGACCCUAUGGGCUUAUUCUCGGUCCAUCGCGUGAAUUGGCCCGUCAAACUCAGGAGGUGUUGAGCCAACUAGCGGCGAAACUGGCCAGCGCUGGUUAUCCAGAAGUCCGUGUUGGUCUCUGCAUUGGCGGGAUGGCAGUGAAGGAUCAGGUUGACGGUUUCCGUCGGUCUGGCCUCCACAUCCUCGUUGCGACCCCGGGCCGCCUGAUAGAUCUGCUAGAAAAGAAGAUUCUUAAUUUGGAGGUCUGCCGGUAUCUCGUGUUAGACGAAGCCGACCGAAUGAUUGACAUGGGCUUCGAGGAGGAAGUUCGCACUAUCUUCUCAUACUUCAAGGGCCAACGGCAAACACUUCUAUUUUCGGCAACUAUGCCGAAGAAGAUUCAAAAUUUUGCGAAGUCCGCAUUGGUGAAGCCGGUGACCGUGAAUGUUGGGCGAGCAGGGGCUGCGAGUCUCAACGUUGCCCAGGAGGUUUCCUACGUCAAACAUGAGGCCAAAAUUCCCGAACUCCUGGAGGCUCUUCAGAAGACCCCUCCACCGGUCAUCAUCUUUGCCGAACGGAAGCAGGACGUGGACGCGAUUCACGAGUACCUGCUACUGAAGGGUGUUGACGCUGUGUCAAUUCACGGCGGGAAGGAUCAGGAGGAACGCGUGGCUGCCGUAAAGAUGUUUCGCGAGCGUCAACGGGACGUCCUCGUCGCUACUGAUGUGGCAAGCAAAGGCCUUGAUUUCCCAGACAUCAUGCAUGUAAUCAACUACGACAUGCCCGAAGACAUUGAAAACUACGUUCACCGAAUUGGUCGGACAGGUCGCGGUAAGCAGAAGGGUCUGGCGACAACCUUCAUCAACAAGAGUGUGAAUGAGUCGACCCUGCUGGACUUGAAGCACCUACUAAUUGAGGCUCGCCAGACAGUGCCAGAAUUUCUCCUCGAGCUGUCCACGGAGCACGCAGACGAGCACCUGGCCGGCGUCACCGGGGACGAGGUGGGGUGCGCCUACUGCGGUGGUCUCGGUCAUCGCAUCACGCACUGCCCCAAGCUCGAGGCCGAACAGAACAAGGCCGCUGUCGGCAUGAGUCGCAAGGACUACCUCUCUUUUGCCGACUACUAA